AUGCUGCAAAAUGCAACAAUACACAAAGUCAUCACUUAUUUCAAGCCAAUUCACUAUUUUCAUUUCCAUAUUUGGAUUCUACGGGAAAAAACCUAUCAGAAUGAGUUGCCAUUGGCCCGACAAAAAAUCCGUGUUCCCCAGUGUUAUCAGUGCAUGCACUGUAACUUCAAGCUACCGAAAAAGAAUUUUAAUUUGGCACAACAUUCAUGCUUUGCUAAUUUGAAUGAUUCAGAAGCUGUUUAUGUUGUUGAAACAGACCGUCUAUGUAGAGCAACUAAUAUUGAACAGGUACAAAACAAUGUCGAUGGACAUGGCACAGAAGAUCACGAACAAUCUUCCUCAGUUUCUGAUAAAAAAAAAGCCGUAACAAGGAAGACAAACAGUGGGUUGACUAUGAUGAAUUGCUACUGUGAUAGUAACAUUUCAAGAGAUACAUCAGAUUUAGUUUCAACCAUCGGUUUAGAUGCAACUAGCAAUGUAGAUAGUGAGAUGGUGGCCGAAGAAAUGAAUGAUGGUACCUCGGGCAUAUUCACCAGUGUAUCUGACGAUAACAAUUUUACAGAGCAUACCAAAAAUUAUGUUUUAGAGCAAAGUCGUCAGUCUGCUAAUACUGAAUUUAAAAAUGAUUUUUUACAUAUCUUAUCAGAAACAAAUAAACGUUCAGACGGCAUCGAUGGACUUCACAUAGGAGAGAUUUUAAGGAAGCUUCUAUAUAAAAAUAGAAGAUUGCUCCAACAUAAAAUUAUGAAUGACUUAUUAGAAGCAGAACAAGAAGCUGGACUUUUAUAAUGUCACAGAAGUCUCGUUUUUAUUUAAAGUACUCACCAUAUUUGUUUCAUUCAAAAUAAUUAUAAAAUUAUUUAUAUUAUGUAUUAAUUUAUAUAUUAAGAGACAGGUUUUUUUACAUUAUUCUAAGUAAAUCAAAGUAUUGAGAACAAAAUGUACUUAUUAAUACUUAUUUAUAUACUAAUACUUUAUUUAUAUACUAAUACUUAAUACUAAUUUAUAUUUAUUAAUGUAAUAAAUGAAAAUAUUAAAUUGGUAAUAAGUCACGGCAAACGAUCACGGAAAACAUUAAAGUCAAUAUAGUUUAAAAUUCAUUAUUUGCAGCUUUCUCCCACUGCCACUGCACAGCACCUUCCGUACAAAAAUAUUCAACAAAUCUUUCUCGAUACAUACUAGGCAAAUUGCGAGAACUUACAUCUUCUAUUAUCUCAUUAUCAAUAUUUGGUAUGUCAAGUGAUGUCAGCUGAUUGUCACUUUCAUUAUAAAAUAAAUACCUCCUUUCUUGA